GAAAAAAUAAUCCCCUACUUCCUUCCUACUCUGUCCCAACCUUUCCUUCUCUGCAGAAUAGUACCCAUUAUCUUUCUUCUUUCGCUCUCACAUCAAAAGCCCAAUAAUAAAAAUUACUGCAGAAAAUGGUGAGUGUAGAAGAACCAAAACCAAGUCCAAAAAACCCAGUUGCAAAUGGGCAAAACGUGGACGGUGUAUUCAGCCCCAGAUUUAAAUCUAUGGCGGCCUUGGCUGGUUGGGAUGAAGAGGCUCUCUUGCUUGCAAGCCUUGUCGUCGAGGACACGCCUGAACGAGAGACUAAGAACAAGAAACGCUCUGAUUUACUUUUCAAGACUCCACCCAGCAAUUCAAGAAGGAAACGUAGGGCUCAGAGAAAGAGUCCAAUUUCAAUCCCAGUUGCUGUUCUUGAUCUAGAUGAAGAAGAAACUACAAGAAAAGGCACAGAGAGCGAGAAAAAGAAUUCAGAAAUGAAAAAUGUUGUGAAUGAUGAAAAGAAGAAAGGAGCAAAUGAAUCACCUGAGCAAAAUUCUAGUGUUUCUUGCUCAAGUUCAGGUCUUCCUUGUAUGGAUAAGCUUAGAGAAGAGCUAUCUUGCGCAAUUUGUUUGGAGAUUUGUUUUGAACCUAGUACUACUCCUUGUGGACACAGUUUUUGUAAGAAAUGUCUGCGAUCUGCUGCGGAUAAAUGUGGGAAAAAGUGCCCAAAGUGCAGACAACUAAUAAGCAAUGGAAGAUCUUGCACCGUGAACACAGUUCUAUGGAACACAAUACAGCUUCUCUUUCCACACGAAGUAGAAGCAAGGAAGGCAGCCGGCGCCUUGAAUAGUCGAGAAGCUGGGUGUAAAAUCCCAGAAACAGCCUUUUAUAAUAAUCUGAGGAAUGAAAGUACCAGAGCAUCCGGUGUAUCAAGCAGAGAUACAAGUUCAAGGAGAAGAAGAGGGACAGUAAGCCAUGUUGAGAAUGCUGCAUUAGCUAUAAGGUCUCAGAGAGGAGAUGAGGAUCAAAGCCAGGAAAGAGGGGUUUAUAAUAAUGUGAGGAUUCGAAGUAGCCAACCUGGGGUUUCAAGUAGAGAUACAAGGGUGAGAGCAAGAAGAGGGAUGCUGAGCCAAGAUGAGGAUGCUGCACUAGCUCUAAGGUUGCAGAGAGAAGAGUUUAUGGAUGCUUUUAGGGAAACCAGUGAGCAAUCUAGCAGCUCUCUUUCCUUAGCCAGGGCAAACUUAAGGGCCAUGGCAUCUAGAGCCAUUAACCUUCGUAUUAGAGGCCGCACUAAUAUGUAGUCUAGGGUAUGUCUGAAUUAGUACAAUGCACUUUUAUACAAAUGAUAGGGUAUGUCUGAUUUAGUACUCAAUCCUAUUGAGUGCGACAAGAUCCUAAGUUGUAUUCUUUUGUUCUCAAUUCAUUGUUUUGUUUCACUUAGCUCUUAUUACGAAGAAGAUUGUUCUUGUUUUGCA